CCCUUAUAACUUUGACACCUUCAAACUGUCCUGUAAUCUCAAGUCUUUCAAAAGACAGACGAGGCAAGAUGAAGAGAUCUUUGCUUUUCUGUGGGCUUCUGGCUGGGCUUUGUGGGGCUCUUCUUGUGACAGCUCAGGAUUAUGAUGAAGAUGAAGGGAGAAUUCUUGUUGACAACAAGUGUAAGUGUGUCCGAGUGACUUCCAGGCUAGUUCCUUCUCCAGACAAUCCAGACGAGAAGAUUGUGGAGAGAAACAUUCGACUCAUAGUCCCUCUGAAGAACAGAGAGAACAUCUCUGAUCCUACUUCCCCUGUGAGAACCACCUUUGUAUAUCGGCUGUCUGAACUCUGUAAUAAAUGUGACCCCGUUGAAGUGGAGGUGGGCAAUGAGGUUGUUCUUGCCACCCAGAGCAAUAGGUGUGAUGAAGAAAAUGAAACCUGUUACACUUAUGACAGAAACAAGUGUUACACGUCUACUGCCUCUCUUUAUUUGGGAGGGGAGACCAGAACGGUGACAACAGCAUUGACCCCAGAGUCCUGCUAUUCCGACUAAUUUAAAGCCUCCACUGACCGAAAUAUCUCCUUGCCUGGCAUAGAGCUCUCUGCUUCUGUCUUGAAACUGCACAUUUUUAUCCUCAACAAGAAUAUGGCCACAAAUAUCUGUUUCUAGAAUGUUCCACCUUCCAUUUUUCCCUGUCCCAUUAGAAUGAUGUAAUUGCUGUGCUCCUUGAGAAGUAAUUCUCCAGUGACACACAUGUAGGGUGAGACCUCAGCUUCCCUCCAGGUCUACAAACUCAAUUUUCCCCUGUGCCCACUGCUUAUUCUACUGACUAGAAACGUAGGGAAUGCACUUCCUCAAAUUUGUAACUCACACAGAUAAGAGGAGAGCUGAUGAUGUUAUUUCCAAGAGUGACAAAUUAGAAGGUACAAGAAAAUGUUGAUUCUCUCUUUCUCUCUCUCUCUCUCUCUCUCUCUCUCUCUCUCUCUCUCUCUCUCUCUCUCCCUUUGCUUUGCACAUGCCAAUUUAUUUUGCCAAUAAAGAAUGCAUUUCUGUGCUACUAAGGAAAUACAUAUGCAAAUAUAAUUCCAUCUGAUGCUAUUAUUAGCAAUAUACUAAUUGGUAGAUAUUAAUACAUUUAAAAGUAUUUAUAGAUAUGAAGACAAUAUCAAACAAGAACCACAAUGUCACAUGGAACAAAUAUGAACAUAUUUUCCCCCAAAACAAAGUGGUUGGCAGUUAUGUUGUAUAAAUAAUCAAUUUUAAAAAUGAUUCAUUUUAGGAUUAGUAGUUCAGAUCACUGAGCCCCAUAUCUUAUCCUAUUUUUCUUUCUGUGUAAAAGCAAAAAUCCUAAUCUAAUGAAAAAAACUAAUUAAUAUUAGAACACUGAAGUACCUACAUUGCCAUCUGUUAUGGGAAAUAUCUUGUGCCUUAUUUUCAUCUGGAGACUGCCCUGUCUUCUUCUUUUUCUUUUUCUCCUCUUCCUCUUCUUCCUCCUUCUUCUUCUUUCUCUUGAGUAAACAAUGUUUGAAAGAUCCUCAAAUUAUCUGAAAAAUCCUGGUCUGGAAUAAUCCAUGUUGUGACUAAUUAAUCUUUAAGCAAUAUGUAUUUCUAGAAAUGCAUCCUCUAGCAUUGUUUUACAAAUUAAAUCAUUUCAGAAGCA